AUGGUUGAUGAUUUCAUGGUGUGUGUAGACAGAAUCAUAAUGGCCUCAACUUGUUUUGAGUCAGUUAAUAAUGGAGAGAGAGACAGAAGUAGUAGUAAUGUUGUUGGUGUUGAAGCAACUAGUAAGGAUGGUAACGUGAAUGAGAGUGUUUUUUAUGUGAAAGGAAACGAAGAAGGAUCAUGUUCUUUGAAGAAAGUGGAGAUGGUUGAAUGUAGGAUAUGUCAAGAGGAAGAUGAGAUUCUUGAUAUGGAAGCUCCUUGUGGUUGCAAUGGCACCCUCAAGUUUGCUCAUAGGAAGUGCAUUCAGAAGUGGUGCAACAAAAAAGGUGACAUUACCUGUGAAAUCUGCAAUCAGGUUUUCUCACCAAAUUAUUCCCUUCCACCCGCCCGCAGCAAUGCUGAUGUUAUGACAAUUGAUAUAAGGCAAGCAUGGAGCCAUCACAUUGAUCUGCAUGAUUCCCAUCUUCUAGCUCUUGAGCAUCAAUUGCUGCAAUCAGAGUAUGAGGAUUAUGCUGUCGCUAAUACGAGCAGCAUUGCUUGUCUUCGAUCUGUUGCUCUCAUUUUGCUUAUAAUUUUGCUACUCCGCCAAGCUCUAAUGGUCACAAGGGAUUCGGGGAUGGUGCAAGAGUCAUCAACAUUCUUCAGUUUUCAGGUUUCGCUUCUUCAAUUUGCUGGUUUUCUAUUGCCAUGCUAUGUGAUGGCCCGUUCCUGGUACAUUGUGCAAAGCCGGAGGAGGAGACAUGUACAUCUUUUGAUCAUUUACUCUACUAGGCUUGCUCAUUAA